AUGAGGACAAGCUCCCAAAAUAUAAACUUGAUCAUAUCAUAAAAGCAAUUGUUGAAGUCAAUAAUCAAAAUUUCCAGUAAACUCAUAAAGAGAGAGAAAAGAGUCUUUUUAAUAAAUUUCCUUCUCUUUUUCUACCGAAAAAAAUAUUUCCUAUUGAAGAGAGUAGGAACUGUAUAAAUUAGCCUAUAUACAUUUGUAAGUUCAGUAUUAAAAAUAUAUUUGUUGUAAUAUUACAAUAAAUCAUAUAUUUUGCUACUUAAUGUCCAAUACAAUGCUUUCUGUUAUGUUUGUUUUCGCCUGGUUUUUUACAGUACCAACAAAACUUAAAGUCACAUUUUUUGCACUCCAUCGUUGAGCAUCCUCCUGUUUUCUAAAUAUGUACACCGCACUAAGGACAAGGAUCUGUUAAAAAGAGUUCAUACAAUAUUGUUUAUAUGCUUUCUUUUUCUUCGAAUAAACAGUUUUAUUCACAGUGUGGACAUACAUAAGGAUCGUUGCAAAUGUACUCAUUUAAUUUAAAUGAAUAGAUUUAACAGUUUUAGCAUUACACACAAUCUUAUUUAUUAGAUAAAAAUCUUCUUAAAGAAAUGUCACAUAUUGCUUCUUAUUAUUUUUUUUGAAGUAGAGGUAAAAUAUCAGAUAACAAAAAAGCUGAUUCACAUUCUUUAUUCAUGCACUUAAUGUCUUUUUGUACAAUUGAAAUACUAUUUGAUAAGCAUUCUAAAGUCCAUAAAUAUAAACAAUUCUAGCAAGCCUAUUAUAAGCAAGGGCAUUUUGCUGAUUUGA